GCCAAAAAAAAAAAAAAAAAAAAAAAGUUGAAAACAAUGGGUUCACGUCUGAGUCUGGGUGAAGGUCCCAGCUCAUGGGCUCAAGUCACAAUCUGAGUUGUGCAGUUUCCCUAGGAGAGGGAGGACUGAAGGAUGCGUGGGGCCUACAGAUGGGUAUAGGGGUCUGGGUGUUCGCUUUCCUGCUGUGGGAUGGACUGGGCUGGGGACAGGGGUCCCGUUUCACCGGCUGCUUUCGGGGAUGGAGGUAGGGACUAGUGGGCGGAGGGUGGGAGCCAGAGGCGCCAUUUGCUGGUUUGCCUCUGGGGUCAGUGGCCUGCGUGGUGGGGUUACAGAGAUGCUCCUCCCUGGGGGAGACACACCCCCUCACGCACACCACGGGCCGUCUCCCUGCCAGACACGCAGGGACAUCCCCCCCCAGCACUCCACCCAUGCCCAGAACAGAACACCCAGCCAGAUUUCCCAGUCUGACCUUUGCCCAGCGUGGCCUAGAAUCACCCAGGCCAUCAGGAGGAACCAAGGGGGCCAGUGGAAGCCCAGGCUGCCGUUUGUCUCCCAUCCCUGCCUUGUUGGUGUGGGGGGGGUCUGGCUGGGUGUCUGCUUUCCUGCUGUGGGAUGGACUGGGCUGGGGACGGGGUUCCCAUGUCAUCUUCCUUGGCCCUUCCCCUCCUUCUUCCCAAGUGGCUGGGAUGUCUCACGGGCCCACGUCCCCCGCUCUCCAGCACAGGCUCCGUACCUGCUGAUUGCCAGUGGGCCUCUCCUGUCCUGGAUGUGCUGCAGGCUUCCCCCAGGACCUGGCCUGCACCCAGCUAGGGUUGCCAGCAGCCCCCCUUCCACAGGUGCUGGACCUGGAGGCAACUCCUUAGUAAACAUGCUGCCCACUGAACGCCAUCGGCCCCCCAGGAAGCCACGCCUGGGGACUCAACUGUCCGGACAGCGCAGAGCACGAAGAAGACUCACAACCAAUGCCUGCUAAGAAGAACUCUCUGGGGCAGGCACUGCCACGCCCCGCGCUGCACAAAUAACAGGCUAAUAAGACCAGCUUGCGUUUACUCAGGUGAAACUAUUUGACAUGCUCUCUCUUGGUCCUUCUGAGAUGGGCAGGUUUGUUUGUUUGUUUUUUGGUUUCUUGUCCUUUUAAGGUUGCACCCGAGGCAUAUGGAGGUUCCCAGGCU